ACUUGUGAUAUAAGGUCCUCUCUAUGUAUUCGGUUUUGUGUUACAAUGUUUUCAAUUACUGUUUUAAAGAGUUCCAUUCAUUUAUGCCAUUGUACAAACCAUCAUGCACUUCUAUAACAUUGAUUAGUAUAAAUAAGAAUGAAUUUCUCUUUCAUGCAGGAUGUGAGGCGAGUACCUGGAGUCACCCCGGCGAUUGUCAGAUCAGCGACAGAAACUAACGAGAGAAGACCUUUCAUGUGUGCAUACCCAGGGUGCAACAAACGAUACUUCAAACUGUCCCAUUUGCAGAUGCAUAGCCGGAAACACACUGGUAAAAAAUGAUAAAUAUUGUGUUUUGUAUGAUGUAUCCAGAGUAGUUUCUACAAAAUAUGGCUUCCCCCAUUGUUCUAAAAUGCAACCUUUCCCCUUCUGAUCGUUUCAUGUUUCAUUAUGAUACAUUAGAUGAACUAUAAUGUUAUUCUCAGCCAAUCAAUGACACCCAAAUUACACAGAAUUUACAUUGACAUUGAUAAAACUGAAGUGUUACUUUUGCGUUAUGAAUAGAGCUUAGUAUGGGUGGACCUCCAGUGACAGGAAGUGCUCCAGCUUAUAACAAAUAUCAUUAUGUUCUUAGAAUGUCCCUUUAAAUAACGGGGAAGUUGUGUGUUGUAUAUGUGUGUUUGCUGCUUAUUUUGGGGCAUGGAGGGGGUCCAGUGUAAUGAUGGUCGCUUGUUGGUGGUCUGAUAGUGGGAGCUUGUGUCCCAUGUCUCUGCUAAGUGUAGAUCACUGUAAAUGCUAUUUUCAGUCUGGUAUUCCUGAAUUUAUUCUCUGAGUUCCAGAAUGCAAGGAAGCAGUUAUCUACACCCAGUGCCAAAUACAAACUACCUUGUUAUAAAAAAGGGUUUCAUUGAAGGUCGGGGAGAUUUUAUGGCUUCCCCACCUAUCCCACCAGCCCAUGGAUAUGGGUAGUACCCCUGACAUCUAGCAGCCAAAUUAGAUCAUAAGAUCAUUAGAUUGUAAGAUUACUACAGUGAUAGCACAUGUUCUUCAUAAAACAAAUAAAAAACUCUGUUCCAUGUUUGACUAGUGUGAUUGUCAUCAUACCGUGACACAUCUGUCUUCUUUCCCCCCCAGGAGAGAAACCAUAUCAGUGUGAUUUUAAAGACUGUGAAAGAAGAUUCUCUCGAUCAGAUCAACUCAAAAGGCACCAGAGAAGGCACACAGGUGUGUGACUGUCAGAAAUCAUUACAUUUUCUGUAUUAUCUCAAUUAUUAAGUGACUGCUUAUAUCUGAAACUUGAAAUUCCAUUUAAAGGACUCUCUAAGCACCAAAACAACUUUAGUUAAUGAGGCAGUUUGGGGGUAUGGACCAUGUCCCUGCAGCCUCACUGCUCAAUUUGCUGUCAAAAUUACCAAUUCUCUGCACUUUUAGUGUGACAUCCAUGUCUCCAAUUCUCUGCACUUUUAGUGUGACAUCCACACAUCCAGGCAUGUUAAACCUGCAAUGAAAACAUUGGGGUUCCUACAAAAUGGCAAUGUUUUCAGCUGCAGGGUUAAAACUACAGGGACAUGGCACCCAGACCACCUCAUUGAGAUAAGGUGGUCUGGCUGCCUACAGUGUCCGUUUUAAAUCCUCUUUCAUCAGAUGAACCUUCUUGGUCUGCACCAUCUAAACAAAUAAAACCUUCUUAGAAGAUGUUUUUGAGAUUCCUGAAGAUGUUAUUGUGAAGUAACUCUUGAAUGCCUGCAUAGUUUUGGUCCCAUAAGCAGAGCUUCCAAUCUAGUAAAACUUAAAAAUUACGACCCCACGUGGAGCAAGGGUAAUCUAGAAUACGUACCUAAAAAAAAUAUGUGCAUAUUAAAUAUAAUACACAUGUACGUAUAUGUAAUAUUUUACACCCAAUAGUAAGACAAAUAUUGCUUGUUAUUAUUUACAAAGAAAAGAAAGUAUAAAACAAUAGGCACAAAGUAGCAGAAUUCCACAAACAAGUACAAGUGUUAAAUGUAUAUUUCAUUUCAAACAGUAGUCAUGAGAAUGCAAAUCAUUGUUCGGACUAAUAACAUUAUUUUUAAGAUUCCAUUAAGACAAUAUUCUAAUAAUGUUUUUCAGGAGUGAAGCCUUUUCAGUGUAAAACUUGUCAAAGAAAAUUUUCCAGAUCGGACCACCUGAAAACACACACCAGGACUCAUACAGGUAAAACAAGUGCGUAAACCUUUCUUUAAAUUUAUUUAUUAACCUACUGACUUGAUAAAAUCUGUGAAUAUUGAAUUAAACAAAAAUGAAAAAUAAAACGUGACUUUGAGCAAUGCCAAGCUUCUAAUAAGUGAAUAAAUAUAUUAAUAACUUGUACAACGUUAUAAAAACAACUAAUAAUAAUAAUUAAAUAGUCACGUAUACAUAUGCAUUUCAAUCAUUGUUUAUAUGGUGUUGCAUGAAAUAUCUAUAUUGAUACUCAUAGAAGGUUGGCAUUGAGCAAACUCAAUUUGUUUUCUGUUUUUUUCCAUUUGUUUGAAGACACUGGGAGGAGAGACUCUGUUAGUUUUUUGCUGCAAGCUCAAAUAUUUUAUAAUUUGUUGAAAGUUCCACCACUUCUCCAAGUUGGUUUUUAAUCUCUGCAAUAUCGUCAGACCAGCGAUAAUGACGGUGGUGAUGGCGGUUGCUGGAUGGCGAGAUUGCUUAUAAGACAGUAAAAAAUUGCUUCCAGAACAAAUAAUGAUUGCAGAAAACGGAAUUCUCAAAUUCUGUUUCUAUGGUAUUCUAGUGAGAAAUUUGACAAAACUUGAGUAAUUGAGAAAAGAGGUAAAAACCAGAUACCAUAUUUAAUUCCACAGGUAUAUGAUGCCAAACCUAUCUAGCUAAGCAAUAGUUGACUACACCAACAAAACUAUUGAAAAUAUAUUGUGGGUUAUUAACCAAAGUGAGAAUUCAAACUGAAUUUCAUAAUUUCAAAGCCUCCACGGCUGAGAUUAUUGAACUUGAUUACUUGAAACAGCCAAUAUAUAUAUUGGUAUGUAUGCGUAAUAGCAUUUAAAUCACCUUAAUUCUUUCUUCUAUAAAUUGAGCCAGCUAAAUAGCUAUCAAAUGUACAGCUGUGCAUUAAUUUCAUUAUUAUUUUUUAUCACAGAAACAUUUUAGUAUAGGUGGACAGCUUACCUGGGUCUGCUAAAUUCUAUAGAGCUAAGCAGACCAUGUAGAUCCACACUUAGUAAGUACGAUCCUUCAUCCACCAUGUUUUAUUAUAUUGAGACAUCUGGCCUCUCUUGCAGUAGAAGAGAGAUUCAGCUGAGGGAUUUGGGCACUAUUUAAAGGUGUGUGUCUCGAUAUUCACGAGAAGGCACUGAUCAGGAAGUUAGCGGCACUAAGCACAAACUAGUUUGCAUUUUUUUAAUAAAAAAAUGUUGUAUUCAAAUACCAUGAUAUUUUGAUGAAUAUUUCGUUUACAGAGCAGCAAGCAAAAAUAUGAAAUUGGAUACAUUGGUGGGCACAUUGAUGUUUCAGUGAGAGGCACAGCGCUCAAUGAUAACUAUAUAUUUUAUCGUUAACAGGUGAGAAGCCAUUCAGUUGCCGAUGGCCCAGUUGUCAGAAGAAGUUUGCCAGAUCUGAUGAGCUGGUCCGUCACCAUAACAUGCAUCAGAGAAACAUGACCAAGCUUCAGUUGGCCCUCUAGGCGCCGGGGAAAAGGCGUCAAAAAGAACUGAUACAUCUAAUGUAUUAUAAUUAAGAAUUUCAGUGCAAGUAGCAGAUAAACGUUGAGUGGGAUUUGUUCUGCCCUCAUCAUAUAGAACUUCAAUUUAUCAAUACAUCAUUUUCACCUGUAGAAGAGAUUUUGCAUCGAAUGGCUGUGUUUGACAUCCGUAUUUACGUGCCGUGUUUUUAAGUUACUGAAAUGUCACAUGGUUGGCAGCAUGAACUGUAAAAUUAAUGGUAGCAGUGAACUAAAUGUUUCUCUACGUGGUGAUAUAAAUAGCACUGCUUUGUACCCUACAAAUAUAAGCUUUUCUACCUGUUCUAAAAACAAUUCCAAAAUUCAAUUUUAUGUUCUUGAAGCAAAAAGUUCCAUUAGAAUACACAACAUUUCAAAGAUUGCGACCAUGCCUCUUUCUAUGGUUCUUCUUUGCUGGUGGAACAAAAUAAAUCCAUCUCAUAUUAUCGACACAGUGGUCAAAUAUUAAGACUGUUUUGCUAUUUAUCUUGUUUCCAGUUGAGCAACCUGCACUAGAGAGUGGAGCAGUUUAAUGACACAUGUUACAAACAUCGUCACGGCUUUUGCCAGGAAUUACAUUUCUUGACAUGUUUCCUUGGUCAGAAAAAAAACUACAGUACCUAGAAUUUUUUUUACCAUUUUUUUGUACUUUUGAGCAAAGGCUGUUGGUUGAGGACUGGUAGAUGACCCAUAUUGCCGUUUUACGUUGACCGUACUUAAAAAACCAAACUGUGACACAAUAAGGUAAUUCUAGAAAGCUAUAUAAGGUUUAUUAUCUUCACAGAAAAUAAUUUAAACUUCAAUAAUUCAUAUUUUAAAGCAUGGGUGUUCAACCUUAGCCGUCCAACUGUUGUUUGACUACAAUUUAUAUAAUUCUCUGCCAGCCAGUGGGGGUUAAUAUUAAACUACUAUGGGUGGGGAACAGGGAGCAGGGGCUUUGAAAAAAUUGCAUUUCGGGAUUUAACAUUCACUUUAGACACCCGACUUGCUUCCUGAAAUGCUUCCGAUGACAACCCCAUACUUUUAUUAUAAUGCAUAGUUUGUAACUGAGAAAAAUAUUACAUUGCAGUUAAAUAGAAUUGAUCCAGGAAAAUAUUGUGUGUCAUGCUGUCAUUGUUUGGGUCUGGUAGCCGAGUCUUCACACUCCAGACUGCGGUCAACUCAAACUUUUAAUGCAUUAUAUAGAUGCUGUAAAAAUAUACAAAAAGACCAAACAAUAAAUAAAUAUAUUCACAUUUGAAUUUUAUGCAGUGGCUGCAAAUCUCCACAGUAGGUAGGAGCUCAAAACUCUCAUCCAAACCUAGUUUUUCUGAUUUUAUGCAUAUUUUAUGGAAAAUGCAUUUUUAUUGAGAGUGUCGUGAAUACGCAUUGUUACAAGAUAGCUUUAGAAGACCAGAUUUGGGUGAAUGAUAAUAGAAAUAUACACAAAUGUCUAGGCACACCCAAUGAUUUCUUCGAGAGGCAGUUUUUAUUUAGGAACAAAAUAAGAUGACAACGUUUUGGCUCUAACAAAUUUGCUCUCCCAGCCUGGAGCACCCUGGUGGAAGUAAUCGCCUGCAGCGAGUGCACUGUCCACUUUUUGGUGUACAUUAAUAGAGUCAACAAUUUUUAGCAUUUAACAAGCAGCACAAUUGUAGGAACAUAGGCAUUUAUGACAAGUACGGCAGUGAUUUUAUAUUUUUAAACCCUUCUCAGCACAGUAAGAGCUCGGUCCCUCUAAAAAAAAUACAUUUAACGUGUGAUUAGUAUAUGAUACAAACUGUGAACAUAACAAUAUUUUGUAAAAUAUUUUGCUUCUCCUGGGAGUCCCAUUUUCUUUUUUACCUUUGAUGUCCAUCUGAUAGAGCGCACAUGAAAAACAGACUUAAGGGAUCAAAGUAAAUGCUACACAGUUUAAUUUCUACAAAUACAGUUGUUAAUAUUGGGCGUCCAUAAUUAGUGGUUUUUACUAGAGUAAUACUGAAAUAAUAGUUCUUAAUAAAUUAUAUAUUCAUGUAAGGGAAAUGAUGCGGUUUUCUCUCCCCCCUCCUCCUCCCCACUCCCCCCCCUGUUAUUAAUGUUAAUGAUGCAAUGAAGAAUUAUUUUUUUGUAAACUUUAAUUUAUUUUUUGGCUUUAGUAAAACGGUCAACCUGCCAAUUAUUGUGCUUUCGGACCAAACCUAUUUUUUAUCCUUCAUUAGCAAAAAAAAAGUCUAGCACUGGUAAUGUCUAUAGUGAUUCUAACAUCAGAAGUCUAAUAGUUAGAACUGAUCGUGAUGGCUGAUAUUGCAAUUACCCAGAAGCUCGUCAAAAAUAAAAAAAUAAAAAAAGGCGUCUUCCAGGUAAAUAGCUGCUUACUGUAAAUUAGUUCCUUAGCGCAAAAUUAGUGCAAUCAAAUCAUGGAAGUGGUCUGAAAUUUGUAACAGGUCACACUGGUUUUGUGACCUUGACCAAUGUAAAUAAGCUGCUUAAAAAAAAAGAAGAGAAAGAAAAAAAAAUUAAUAAAAAAGAACAGAACGGCUGGCCCAUGAUUCAUGUUAGUAGAAUUAUGUUGUGUAAAUUAGGAAAUUGUGUUUACUUGCAUUUUUAAUUUUUUUGCAAAAAAAAAUUAAUAUUGUUAAUGGUUACUUUUAGGGAGCUGUGCAUUUUUCCAUGAUAUAAGUUGUUAUUUUGGCAUUUACGUUAUUUUUUGGCGAUGUUCAUUGUGCUCUGUGUAAAUAUAUAGAUGUAUAUAUAUUGUUGUAUAUUGUUGUAUGUAUUGCUCCUAGACAACAUUUCAGUAUCCAAUGUGUAUUAAAUUAGAUUGUUACAUUGUUUUGUUUUAAAGCUAAGAAAACAUUAAAGAUAACACAAAAUAUAUUCUGCAUAUUUCACCUGGUUUAAUAAAAGCUCAAUCCUCU